AUGUUAAGCCAACAACAACGACUUGGAGUUCCUAAGGGUUGGUCAUUGGCACUCUACGGACCUCCAGCCCAGGUCGUUACCAUUCAUGGAUCUGAUACACCUGGCCCCUGCCUGUUUACCGAAGUGCGAGCUCUCCCAGCUAAUUCCACGUGGCUCCGGCCCGGGUGGGUUCAGUUGUGUGACGCCGGGUCGACCACAGGUGUGCAGUUUUCUGGUACAUACCUAGCUGGUGCAAGAUCGUUGUUGGCCUCGUACUGGCUUCAUUCCCGAGAAAUUUUCAGUCUCGAUCAAGCGGUUUUGUUUCAAAAGAACGUCUUGUCACCCCGAGGUUUGUUUCCGGACAAAUGGUUCAACUGA